AUGUGUUCUGCCCGCAAUCGUGCUCUUCAGCUGGAUGAGAUCUGCAGAGAGAUCGUUGCUCAUAUUCCCUCGCACACUGAGAAAGGUGAAACAUCAUAUCACAGGAGUCUUGCAAGGCUUGCCAGGACGAGCAAUGCGUUUUUCGUUCCGGCUAUUGAUGCCUUGUGGUACACUCUUAGCAGCACGAAACCAAUCAUCCACCUUCUGGACUUCCUUCCUUUCGGAACUCCGGCCAAAGCAUUCGCAGAGACGGCGUCCAGUCGCAAUGAUCGCACAUGCCCGCUAUGGCGUCUUCACUACUAUGCUGGUCGCAUCCGCAAAUUGUCUGUAACUCAAUAUGUCAACCAGCAGCGAGAGCUAGCAGCGUACGCUCGGCUGCGCUCAGUAUCUGGAUUCCAGCCUCUGUUCACGAGACUCAACGAGCUCGAAAUAGUGUGGUCUGAUAUACAGCACUAUCAAGACCUGCUUGAUUUCACAUCGCUUGUUGCGGCACCCUCCCUGCAUCGGAUGUCUGUUAAGCUCUCUCUAGAACAGAGGCAUGGACUUGACAUGCUGUUACCAGUCUUGGAGCCAUUCAUCUGCAAGUCUGCCUCUCUUUCGUCCCUUAAAGUAGAGCUUCCGGAGGGUCAAGAUGCAAAUGUGACACUGUUGCAAAAGGUGAUGUCAUUCAAACGACUCGAAGCACUCGAAUUACGCGGCAUUUUUGUCUCUGUCACGCACCUCAACGACGUCCUUGGCCACUCGGAUAGUCUUUGUUAUCUCAAUGCUCAAAUCGCGGAUAACAACCUGUCCGGCUCGCUGUCUCACAGUCCCGCGCUCUUUCGAUGUCUCAACGUCCUGGAAACAACAGGCACACCAGUGCACAUUAUGGAACUCGUUAAAAUUCUGCCCGAGACACUCACAAAACUGAGUCUCCCCCUACAAACCCUUUCUUCGCUUGAGAUCAACGAUAUUUGCAUCCGGAUCGGGCAUCGUUUUCGAUCAUUUGGGACAUUGAAGACAUUGUGUAUAUCCACCCCGUUUCAGUCGAACAUUGACGACGACCACCCUUCCACGGGAUUGUUCACAAUCAGGCCUCUAUUCGAUAUCGACACGCUUGAGGAUGUGAAUAUCACAUUCGGAGAACAUAUUCUCGUCUGGAAAGAUGAUGACGUCCUCACGCUCGCUACUGCAUGGCCGCGCCUCAAGUCACUGAUGCUCGAUUGGGUCCCGGCCGACAUACCACAGGUUCCUACUCUCCAUACUCUCGUUCUAUUCGCUCAGCGCUGUUCCAACCUCCGGUCGCUCAUACUACGUGAGGUCCGUAUGUCGCGGAUCAGAGAAGCAACAUCCUUGAAGGUUCAUCCCCAUGGCCUGCGCAGCCUGCAAUUCAUCCAUCCGCCGACAACAUGCCAGCUCAGAGAUCUAAAUGGUGUUCAUUAUUUCUUGGACCGUCUCUUCCCUUAUUGCGAAAUUGUCGCAGUUGGUACGGACGACGGGUGGCGCCAUGUCCUUACUGAGAUUAGGUAUUCGAGAACAGGCGAGAUCACACUGUCAAAUAUUGUUCCGGCCCGUCGUUUCGGCUGA